UGAGAAAAUUCUGUAGUUUGUAAGAUAUUUGUAAGAUAUUUUCUUCAACGGCCGUUUUUUCUACAGAUACAGUAAAUAGGUGUUCUACGAAAACGCGAUAGUUUGCCAAAAUCGUAUUCUAUAUCGAUGAUAUCAGAAUCCGAAAACAUUUUUGGAACCCCCCCCCCCAAAAAAAAACACCCAGACAUCGGUGGGGUGCACGUGUUGUGCCUACAUCGAUAUUUAUGUAUAUAUGCGUAAAUUACGACGAGGUCGACUUUGCCUUUAAUAUCUUUGCUGGGGCGGGACACAAUAAAAUAAAUACUAGUUGUCUACUGGGGUCCAGGUAAGCGACUUAGGCCCCCCCCCCAACACCUCCGCCGAUAUUGCUGGCGUUGUGUCAAAAUUUGAAACCAAUAUUUCAUACGCAUGCGCACGAAACGUACGUCCGUCUCCAUUCAUUACGUUACGACAAACAUUUGAUGUCUGGUGCCAGAAUUUCUCUCAAUUCACUCCCAAACACAUUUGUAAUAGAUUUCUCAACCACCUGACGCACAUCUAACAACAACAACAACAUCCUUUAUAAAGACAUUUCCAAUAUCAGAUGACAUUGGCAUAACUGAAGAUACAUUCUCAUUAUUUAUCAGCUUUUUAAAGACCAAAAUGGAAAUAUUGUACAGAACAGAUAUAUAAGAUUGUUUCUAUAAAUCUGUGGUGGAAUUCCUCUGAUAUAUUUACUCUGAAAUGUGUUAUUAGCAAACCUUCUGGACAUCACUGGCUGGAGUGUCUACAAGAUGAGCCUGUUUGCAGAUUGAAUGUGGAUAAAUUUAGUUGUUUUGUGACAAAGGUAACAGUGGCCAGAAAUACAACAGUUGAAAUAUUUGUAAACAAAAGACUAUAGAAGCAAAAAGAAUAAAAAAAGAAGGUAUAUUGUGAAGUUGAAGGAAAAAUAAUGGAAAAGAGUGAGAAAGUGAAGGAACAGAUUUUACCAGAAGUUAGCAAAAAAGAGAGACAAAAAUUGUCACAUGACUGUGAUGUGUGUAAAAAGUCUUUCUCAAGUAAAUGUAACUUAAAUAGUCACAAACGUAUUCAUACAGGAGAGAAGCCAUUUCACUGUGAUAUCUGUGGUAAAUCAUUCUCUCAAAGUGGCAACUUAGCUAAACAUAAACGUAUUCAUACAGGAGAGAAGCCAUAUUCCUGUAAUAUCUGUGGUAAAUCAUUUUCUGAUAAAAGUGCUCUAACUCAACAUAAACGUAUUCAUACAGGAGAGUCACCAUAUCAUUGUAGUGUCUGUGGUACAAGAUUCUCUGACCAAAGUGUUUUAAGUAAUCACCAGCAUUGUCAUACAGGAGAGAAGCCAUUUCAAUGUGACAUCUGUGGUAAAUCAUUCUCUCAAAGAAGUGCUUUAACUAAUCACAAGCGUAUUCAUACAGGGAAGAAGCCAUAUUCCUGUAAUAUCUGUGGUAAAUUAUUUCCUGGUAAAAGUGCUCUAACUUAUCAUAAACGUAUUCAUACAGGAGAGUCACCAUAUCCUUGUGAUAUCUGUGGUAAAUCAUUCACCGUGAGUUCUAACUUAACUGGACACAGACGUAUUCAUACAGGAGAAACACCAUAUUCUUGUGAUAUCUGUGGUAAAUUAUUCUCUCAAAAUAUUUAUUUGACUUUACACAAACGUAUUCAUACAGGAGAGACACUAUUUCACUGUGAAAUCUGUGGUAAAUCAUUCUCUCAAAGUGGCAACUUAGAUAAACAUAAACGUAUUCAUACAGGAGAGACACCAUAUUCUUGUGAUGUCUGUAAUAAAUCUUUCUCUACCAGUAGUAACCUAAUGACCCAUAAACGUAUUCAUACAGGAGAGACACCAUAUUCUUGUGAUAUCUGUGGAAGGUUAUUUACUCAACAUAGCAGCUUAACUUCUCACAAAUGUGUUCAUAAGGGGAAGAAGCAAUCCCACUAAUAUUUAAACUAAAUCAUAAUCUCUAAGGGGUUACUGAAACCCUUUACCAUGCACGUUAUUCUGUCGAAUGUGAUGUUUAUAUAUUCACAUUAUUUUCAAUUUGCCAUCCAAAGGUUUAGUAAAAUUCUAUCAAUUAGAAAAAAGAUAUUUAAUUUUAAUUCUCAAAUUUUUAUCAAUUUUUGCGUGAUAUUAAAGGGACACUACUCAUAUAUGAACUUAGGCGCACACACACAGACACAGGAGACAAAAGACAAUACAAAGAGUUUUCAAAUUGAGUAAACAGGAGUAGUUGUGUGGUAAGUAGCUUGCUUACCUUUGUCGGAGACGGACGUGUUUGUUUUUGGCGGAGAGUUCUUGCUGCUUGAUGUCACGUCUUUCGUCGUGAAAUAUUGAACUUUGAGGCUCGACUACAGGUAGGCGUUUGUCGUAUAUUUUGAGGGUUUAGUGGAGUUUGUUGCCCUGUAUUUAAUAUUUUUUGGUGAGUAAUAGACUCCAAUCUGCUCCAGACAUUUGCCUGCCUGUGGCCGCCUAUAAAGACUCACUUUGCAGUGAGAAUUGUGUUUUCGAGGAGGCGUAGCCCCUCCGCAAAAAUUAUCUUCGUGUCUGUGGAUUA